AACCUCCCAAGGUGGAAACCAACCUGGAGAAGGGUGAAGAACCUUCUGGUUUCAUCCCGGACCCGGCGCUUUGCCGCUUGUACCGUCACGUCUCCCACGACUUCCUGGAGAUCAGGUUCAAGAUCCAGAGGUUGCUGGAGCCCCGUCAGUACAUGUUGCUCCUCCCCGACCACGUCAUGGUGAAGAUCUUCAGCUACUUGCCCACCCAAAGCUUGGCAGCCCUCAAAUGUUCCUGCCACUACUUCAAGUCCAUCAUUGAGACCUUCGGGGUCACGGCCACCGACUCCAGGUGGAACAGGGACCCCCUGUACCGGGACGACCCCUGCAAGCAGUGCAAGAAGCACUACGAGAAGGGGGACGUGUCCCUCUGCAGGUGGCACCCCAAACCCUACCACCACGACCUACCCUACGGGAGGUCCUACUGGAUGUGCUGCAGGAGACCUGACAAAGAAGCCCCGGGUUGCCGGGUGGGGUUACAUGACAAUAAUUGG